AUUUUAUAUUGUAAUUAUGCUUACAUGCCUAUUAAUUAUUAUUUAAAUGAGUACAAAAGAAGGACUGUCCUCCCUAAAGGAGGACGAUUGGUCACCUUACUUAAAACGGCGGUUCUCUACAUGCUUACGCGAUCUAAAAAGCUAUCAGAGCCGAGCUGCAAAAAAACCUUAAAAUUCCUAGAUGGCAACAAAAUUAUAACUUUCUGCUUCCUCCUCUAUUCGGCCUCCGGAUUUUGCAGUCCUGGCCACGCGUAAAGUCCACAAGGCCAUAAGGCAGAUAGUUUGCUCAGGAAUUCUGGGAGUUGAAGUCCACAAGUCAUAAACGGCAAUCGUUCCCCAUCCCUGCCAUUAGGCAUCAAUACGCGCCCUGGCUCCGGUUGCAGCGGAAUAUGGUCAGUUCGAAGAGGCGGGACGUCUCGAGCUUUAUCAAUCCCUUCUCCUCGUGGGCGCGCUCGACUCUGUCAAUCUCGCUCAGAAAAAAAACUGCCUUCUGUUCCUACUCGGUUCCCUGUAUUUCUUUUGUUUUGCGGCACUGUCGUGAAGAAAAAGAGAUUAGCCUAGAGUGGCAUAACAGAAGCUCCUGCUUGACGGCCGGAGAAUAAAAACGGGGAGGGGAGGACUUGAGAAAUCGUUUCGCUGUCGCCAGGGUGAUCUUCGCCAUGAGGCAGAAAAAGAAAGGAGAUCUCAGCCGAGCAGAACUCAUGAUGAUGACUGUAGCUGAUGUCAUCAAACAACUCAUUGAUGCCCACGAUGAGGGCAAAGAUGUGAACUUAAACAAGAUUAAAACAAGGACGGCUGCCAAGUAUGGCCUUUCAGCACAGCCACGUCUGGUUGACAUCAUUGCUGCUGUCCCCCCUCAGUACCGCAAAGUGCUGGUUCCUAAGUUGAAAGCAAAACCCAUCCGAACUGCUAGUGGGAUUGCUGUUGUGGCAGUAAUGUGCAAACCACAUAGAUGUCCACAUAUUAAUUUCACAGGAAACAUAUGCAUAUACUGUCCUGGAGGGCCUGAUUCUGACUUUGAAUAUUCAACACAAUCUUACACGGGAUAUGAGCCAACAUCUAUGAGAGCCAUACGUGCCAGAUAUGAUCCUUAUCUCCAGACCAGACACAGAGUUGAACAACUGAAGCAGCUGGGCCACAGCAUCGACAAAGUGGAAUUCAUUGUGAUGGGUGGAACAUUCAUGGCUCUUCCAGAAGAAUACAGAGAUUACUUUAUCCGUAAUUUGCAUGAUGCUUUAUCAGGUCAUACUUCUAACAAUGUAGCAGAAGCAGUCAAGUACUCUGAGCGAAGCCUUACAAAGUGCAUUGGGAUUACUAUAGAGACCAGGCCAGAUUAUUGCCUAAAACGGCAUUUGAGUGACAUGUUGUCUUAUGGAUGUACAAGGCUGGAAAUUGGAGUACAAAGCAUUUAUGAAGAUGUGGCCAGAGAUACUAACAGGGGCCAUACAGUAAAGGCUGUGUGUGAAUCGUUCCACUUAGCCAAAGAUGCUGGGUUCAAGGUGGUAGCACAUAUGAUGCCAGAUCUCCCCAACAUGGGACUUGAGAGAGACAUCAACCAGUUUGUGGAGUUUUUUGAGAAUCCUGCCUUUCGCCCAGAUGGCAUGAAGCUAUACCCAACACUUGUGAUCCGCGGCACUGGCCUCUAUGAACUCUGGAAAACUGGGAGGUACAAAAGCUAUCCUCCAAGCACCCUUGUGGAUUUGGUGGCAAGAAUUCUUGCCCUCGUGCCUCCCUGGACUAGAGUGUACAGAGUACAAAGGGAUAUCCCAAUGCCUUUAGUCACUUCUGGAGUGGAACAUGGUAACUUGAGAGAAUUGGCUUUGGCUAGGAUGAAGGACUUAGGAACAGAGUGCCGUGAUGUGAGAACAAGAGAAGUUGGAAUACAAGAAAUACAUCACAAAGUCCGACCUUACCAGGUUGAACUGGUCCGGAGAGACUAUGUGGCCAAUGGUGGUUGGGAGACUUUUCUUGCUUAUGAAGAUCCUCAACAGGACAUUCUGAUUGGACUUUUACGUUUGCGGAAGUGUUCGGAGGACACAUUCAGACCCGAGUUGAAGGGUGGUGUUUCCAUUGUCCGGGAACUCCAUGUCUAUGGGAGUGUGGUUCCUGUCAGCAGCCGAGAUCCCUCUAAAUUCCAGCAUCAGGGAUUUGGGAUGCUGCUUAUGGAGGAAGCAGAGAGAAUUGCCAAGGAAGAGCAUGGCUCAUGGAAGAUAGCUGUCAUUUCAGGUGUGGGUACCAGAGAUUACUACAGGAAGAUUGGCUAUGGACUAGAAGGGCCCUAUAUGAUGAAAAGACUGGACUGACAUAGUGAAGAAGAGCUGAGGCUUUGCAUUUGCCCGUUAAGGCCAUAGCAGAAUGGAGAUGCCAUGGCCCUACUUCAAACAUUGUCUGAGCUAGCAAAACAAGGUCCAUUUAGAUCACUUGAUAUCAAAGAGAGAUUUCUCUUGAGUAUCACAUUCAAAUCCAUCUAAUGAAUUUUUUGGUCUUCCCAUAACAGGCAAAAAAAGAGUUGACCAUUACAACAUUUCUUUGAUUAUCAUUUACGAAUGGGUAACAGCCUGGAAACCUUCAGGGUUUCAGACCUAUGGUGUCAUAAGGUGCAACAUAGACUGCCUUUUUCAGCUGCAGCUAUUUUUAACAAAUAGUAUUGGGCUUUCUUUUGGUUUAGUCUAAUGUUAAGUGACAAUUGGCUCUUGUGCAAGAUUAAACUUGCCACUUUUAGUAUCUGCAGUGUUAGUAUGACCUUCAAUUGUUUACUUGAUACUCUCAUAGUAUAUUUGGCAUUACAGAUAAAGUUUAUACUCCUAGUUGCAGAUAUACAAGAGAAAAGGCAUCAUCCCUUCUACAAAGUAAAAGUGCUCUUGUCAAUUAAACACAGGUUUUGAAUUCACUGCUUAUUUUGCCAUCUGUAUCCCACCACUCUAAUAUUUAUGCACCAGUGUGGUUCACAAAAGCUUAAGACCUCCAUGCUGCAUUAAACUACAGAAUCAUUAAACUGUAUUUAAAAUCCAGUGGAGGGGACAAUAGAUAAAUGAACUUAAACAGUCUAUUAGCCUCUAGAUAAGAUGGGCAGCAUAAAAAUCAAAUAAAUAUUAAAAAUCUUUUCAGAAUCAAGGUGGAUUUAUCUAAAUGAGGAGAAAUUACUGUAAAUCAUUCAAAAAUUCUACUUUGAGUCAAUAUUCUAAAAUUUUACAAUGUCAGAUUUUCACUGCUUUGGCUUUGCUUUGGUUAGGAUGCAAAUGGAGCUAGAAUUUUGUACCAAGCUACAAAUGAAGCAAAAUGACUGCAUCCCUUCUAUUUCAUGACAGGUUUCCGUACACGUCACUUUAAUAAGAUUCUCCCUCAAAAUAAUUGCAUGGAAGGUUUGAGUUUAGUCCUUGGCAGUAUCUCUAAUCUGAAAGAUCUCAGGUCAAUGGACUGGGAAAGGCCUCUCUAUUAAGACCUUGGAGGUCACCAUGAUAUUGCAAGCGACAUUUCUAACAUCCUGUUGUUCUCCAGUUAAGAUGCAAUCAUAUCUCCCAGAAUUCCUGUGGAAUGUCUGGUUGGGAAGGUUGAUGGACCAAAGAUCUAACUCCCUUUCAGACACCAUCAGAUGUGUCCAUAGCCUGCCAUAUGCGUGGGUACCUGGCACUGGAACAAGUUUCUUUCAGGGACUCAAGUAUCUCCACUAGGAUCCUUCCAAUAACUCCAAUAAAUUGAGUUUAUUGUACAUUUACUCAGUAAAUCGAGUAAAAACACUAGGGUCAUUAGAAGAACUCCAGUGGAGAUACUUGAGUCCCUGAAAGAAACUGACUUGCAUUUCCCCUACUUCUUGCUUCUCCAGAGCUAACACCUUCAUGAUUUAUUUCUAAUUUCUUGAUAAAGAAAAAGGCUUUAUCUGCAGUGUAAUUGAUAUGGGGCUUUGACCUGUUUGCCGUUGAGGAGUCAGCAGAGAGGAAAGCAUCCUUUUCCUUCCCCACAGAAUGUCGAGGUUGCCAUUUGGUUCAAGGCAGUGGAGUGAGGCCAUGCGUUGGGAGUAGGUGAACAAAGAUGAGGCAUUUCCUCACAGUCUCACUCAGCAGUUCCUUAAAGGGUUUGAUUAUGUGGCCAAAUAUAAAUUUUAAAAAGCUCCAAAUUUCAACACAGUCACCACAAAUGAUAUUUUUUUGUUUUUCUGCGGUUGGAGAAAGAAAAGGAAAGGAGACAAUACAAAUCCCAGCUGUAGUGUCAAGAAAAGCACAUUAACCUGGUCAUGAAGUCACCAGGAAUCAAGUUGGAUUCAAAGGAAGUUUGAAGGUGAAGGAACUAUCUCAGUCAAAGCCAGGGAUAGCACUUUGGUAGGGAGCUUGCAUGAUGAAUGAUGUGUGUGAUCCUCUCUGUGCUUAUGGAACAAGACAGGAUCCCUUACAACAGAGUUCCACAACCUUUAAGAUCUGUGGACUUCAACUCCCACAAUUCUGAGAGUUGAAAUCAACAGAUCUUAAAAGUCCCCAAGGUUGAGAAAUACUGCCUUAAGAUGAAACAUCCAAUGGAGAACCCAAACCUUGAUUCUGUGCCUAAACAAAGUGAAAAUCCCCAAGUUCCCUUAUUUAAGUUCAACUGAUACAACUUUCAGUUGUGACCAUUCUGCAAAUGUGGAAGUGGUGGACACAGAAUUAAAUUUCUUAUAAACCACAUGAAAGAAUCAGAUAUUUGAAACUAUGUGAGCAAACAUUGCUGAGUAAACUUUGCAGCAGUGAGAGGGAAGAUCUUUGCAUUUGAUCAAUUUGCAUUUGACAAACUACCAAUAUUGAUACAGAUUUUCUCUAUGAGUAGCCAAAAUCUUGAAUGAAUUAUGUAAAAUGAACAAUCAUUAAAAUGCUUUAAAAUUCCAUAAAUUAUACUGGAUGGAGUUUGGACUUUCUUAAAUCCAGACCAAAAUUUAUUGGGUUAAAUGUUGAUCUUGAAAGCACAAUACAAAUAUUAUAGAUCUUUGCUACAAAGUUGUAGUUGCCUGCAGAAUUAUUUUAGCUAAUAAGGAUUUAAAGAAUUGCCAUGACUACAUGCAAAUCCUGAAAUUCUUAUAAUCCUACUUCAAACCACUGACUGCAGUGGCAAACAAUUAAUGCCUUUCUCUUCCCAGCUAUCCAUAAAACAACCCCAGUGGGAAGCUGAAGCUUCAGUAGGACCAACAGAGAUUGGAGAAAAUUAAAGCAUGUCUGAACCAGCCAAAUAGCUCUCAACUUUUCAAAAUACCAGCAAUGACUAGUCUUCUUCUGUCAGCCUUGGAGCAAGGCACGGGGCACCUGCUUGUGUAAUUUAAAGUGCCACCUGCCAGGUUUCAUAAAAAGCUGCAACAAGAAGUGCUUUCUUCUAGCUGUGUAUGAUUUGCCUCACAGGGCUGAGAAUGAAUGUGAUUUGCUACUUGUUACAAUUUCUGCUUUUUUUCUGUGCUAAAGCAGGGUAGUCUAUAAUAUCGAGUCAAGAUAAUGGCCUUUCAACCUGGACCUUAAUUUUAAAAAGAAAGAGGUUCAGAACUGAAUGAGUGUAGAGGAAGAAAUGUUUAGCACAAUUCAGAAAAGGGGAUAGACCAGAUGCAAAGGUUAUGAAAAUUCAGUUCCCCCAUGUUGGUGUGGAGCCUGCCAGGCCAAAAAGUCUUGGGAUGCUGCUGUUUUUUAAUUAAAUGCUUGGCAUGUAUUUCUUUGUA